AUGCCUGUCACAGUCUCAGUGAUGACUCCAUUGUUUUCAAAAUUACUUCCAGGGCAAUUCCAUGUGACAGGACCAAGAGCACCAGUCAUUGCCUUGGUUGGGGAAGAGGCUGUGUUGUCCUGCCAGCUCAGCCCAUCAAUGGAUGCUCAGAACAUGGAAGUGAGAUGGUACCGGAAUGAUCCUUUUGGCCUGGUGCACCGUUAUAGUACUUCCCAGAAUGAUAUGGAAGAGCAGAGGCCAGAGUACCAAGGGAGGACAGAGUUCCUGAAGGAGAAUAUUACCAGAGGGCAUGUUGCCCUAAGGAUCCAUCCCAUCCAACCUUCAGAUGGAGGGGAGUAUGCAUGUUUCUUUGAAAGCUCCACAUACUACAAUGAGGCAACAUUCCAAGUGCUGGUCACAGGCUCAGGUAUGGCUCCUCAUGUUCACAUUGAGCAUGGAAAUAGGCAGGAAAUUAAGUUGACCUGCACAUCCACCAGGUGGUAUCCAGAGCCUGAGCUGCGAUGGAGGGACCAUCAAGGACUGCACUUGAUGCCAGCCUCUGAGACAAAGACAAUAGAAGAAAAUGGACUGUUUCGUGUGGAAUCAUCUCUCACAGUGGACAAAAGUUCAACAGCAAAUGUGUCCUGUGUUGUAAGGAACCUAAUACUCAAUGUGGAGAAGGAAGUGCAUGUUUCCGUGGCAGGUUCAGUCAAGAAGAAGCAUGGUAAACUUCAUGAAGAAUAUGAACUCUUAAUGACAGCGAAAGAGACUAUAGAAAAAGAGAAUGUUCUGGAAACUGGGAAAUCCAAGGUCAAGGCACCAGCAGAUCUGGUGUCUGAGAGUCCACAUCAUGGAAAGCUUCAUGAAGAACUUGGGUUGAAAUUGGCUCGAAGAUAUGCAGAAAAUGUUAUCCUGGAUCCAGAGACAGCUCACCCAUAUCUCCAAGUUGCUGAGGACAAUAAAAGUGUGAAAGGAGGUGAUACCUUGCAGGAACUGCCCAAAAGUAGGCAGCGGUUUGAUAACCUAGUCUGUGUAUUAGGUCAGCAAAUUUUUUCCAAAGGUAGACACUACUGGGAAGUAAGUGUGAAAAAUAAAAUAAAAUGGACUCUGGGCAUUUGUAAAGAUUCUGUCUGCAGACAGGGAGAAAUCAUUGUGUCCCCAGAGGCUGGGUUCUGGACACUGUGUUUGAACAGAAGUAAUGACUACCAAGCUCUUGCAAAUCCACGGAUAACACUCCACCUUGAGGAACCUCCUGAGAUUAUUGGAAUCUUCCUGGACUAUAAGGAUGGGAGGGUCUCCUUUUAUAAUGUGACCAACCUGUCUCACAUCUACACCUACAGAAAGUGCUUCACUGAGGCCUUGAGACCAUACUUUUAUCCUGGCCCCCCCUACAAUGGUCAAAAUGAACACCCUCUGACCAUCCUGUCAUUAAGGCACAUAAACAAGCCAGGAAGAAGAUAUUCUGUGUGA